AUGCACUACAUGGAGCUGAGAAAUCAAACUCCAUUUGCAGAAUUCCUUCUCCUGGGAUUCUCAGAGGACCCAACCCUCCAUCCUUUCAUCUUUGGACUGUUCCUCUCCAUGUACCUGGUCACUGUAAGUGGGAACCUGCUCAUCGUCCUGGCCAUCCUCUCAGACACCCACCUGCACACACCCAUGUACUUCUUCCUAUCCAACCUGUCCUUGGUGGACAUCUGCUUCACCUCUACCACUGUCCCCAAGAUGCUGGUGAACAUCCAGAUGCAAAGCCAAGCCAUCAGCUAUGCAGGCUGCAUCACACAGAUGUUCUUCUUCAUCAUUUUUGCAGUUCUGGAUGACUUUCUUCUGGGCGUGAUGGCUUAUGACCGGUUUGUGGCCAUCUGUCACCCCCUGCACUAUAUAGUCAUCAUGACCCCCUGGCUCUGUGUGCAGCUGGUUCUGUUGUGCUGGGUCAUUGGUGUCCUGCAUGCCUUGUUUAACAGCUUACUGGUGCUGAGACUGAGCUUCUGCACACACCUGGAAAUCCCUCACUUUUUCUGUGAGAUAAAUCAGGUGGUCCAUUCUGCUUGCUCUGACACCUUUCUCAAUGACAUCAUGAUGUAUUUUGCAGCUGUGCUGCUGGCAGGAGGUCCCCUGGCUCUGAUUCUGUACUCCUACUCUAUGAUAGUCUCCUCCAUCCGAGCCAUGUCGUCAACUCAAGGCAAGUAUAAAGCCUUUUCCACCUGUAGCUCUCACCUCUUGAGCAUCUCUCUAUUUUAUGGAACAAGCAUAGGUGUGUACCUCAGUGCCAAUGCUGCCCCAAGUUCAGCCUCAACUGCAACAGCCUCAGUGAUGUACACAGUGGUGACCCCCAUGCUCAACCCCUUCAUCUACAGCCUGAGGAACACAGAGAUGAAGAGGGCUCUGAAAAGACUGUUGUUCCAUAAAUGA